AAAAGUCCUACUUAUCAGUUUUUUGAUCGCACAAUAUUAUAAAUGUUUGAGAGCCAAUGGUUGAGCAACUUAUGCAUGUUUGAAAAUCACUGAAGUAUAGUCUAGUGACGCUUGUUUAUUUAUUUACUUUUUCGACGUCAACGAGAUAUAUAUAAAAAAAGGAAUUAUCAUAAUUUUUUAUUUUAUAAAUGAAUGAGCCAGUUAAAGAAUUUAGUCCUGUGUACAGGAAUAACACAUUGUCGGAAUUCAUCGAUGAGAGCAAAGCGCGUUUAAAAGAAAUAUUAAAACGUCUUGAAUGGGAUGCUGAACUGGAUUCUGACACGAAUACUACUUUGAAUAAUGAAGAACAAAACGAGACACAACUAGUGUUGGACUACGAACCAGACUUCCCUCCAAGUUGUGCGUCGGAGAAUUUCAUUGUUACCGACGCUGACGAAUUGCGAACAGUUUUGGGUGUCCCAGAUAAAGAUGUACCUAAAAGAUUUUCGGAUUUGCAGUUGAAUUUCUCACGGGCCGAAAAACUAUCCUUAUACGAGCAUGUAAUAGCAAACACCAAGAAAUGUACAGAACCAGAAGUAACAGUACAAUCCCUAGGUGAGGGCGCUUUGUCAUUCGCCGAAAUUGUGGCACAGAAGAAACGAGAGUCAAAAAAGCGUCGCCGUUAUCGUCGGAGUAAACCAACACAUAAUGAGGAAGUGCGCGCCGUUGUAGAUCUGCAAAUGCAAUCUUUACAACAAUAUCUUAAAGAAAGGGAUGCUGAGGAGCGGAUGCAUCAGCCAAAGAUGAAUAAGAAAUAUAAGUCUGAUAAGGAUGAUUUAUCCAUUCGAGGAUACAGUCGUAACACAUCACACACAUCUGUAAGAUCUCACAAAAAAGACAGGAGUAGAAGCAGAAGCUGUGAGCGCAAGAGUCAUAAGAAGAGCAGACAUAGAAGCAAUAGUGCCAGCAAUAGUCAUAAGCAUAAAAAGAGUAAAAAAUAUGCAAGUGAUCGUACCAGUAGUAAAAUCCGGAAAUGUCGCAGUAGAAGCAGAAGCAAGACCAGACAAGAAAAACAUAAACGGCGCAGUAGAAGUAAGAGAAGCAGUCGUAGCCCAAAUAGAAGUAAGAAGCGCAGUCGUAGCCGCAAUAGAAAUAAGAGGCGCAGCUGUAGCCGAAGUAGAAGUAAGAAACGCAGCCGUAGUCACAGUAGUAGUAACAACAGAAAUAAACAACAUCAUCGCCGCUUAUAGAAGUUAAAAGCAAUCCGUUUCAUAAUCGACCGUAAACGAGUGACAGCAAUCAGCUGUUUUCGAGUUGCGUUGCCAAGUGCAUAACUGCUUGAAAGAUGUGAGCAUUUGGUAACGCGAAUCUGCAACGGAAUGCAAACAUGUGUAUUAUGACAGUUGAACGGGGCGUUUGACAGCAUCAUAAAAUUUCUAGUGGGUUGGUGUUUCUGAGUUAAAUUGGAAAUUUAUAAAUUUUAUGUGGAUUUGUGUUUCCAAUUGGUUUAAAUUGUGUGCCUUUACGCGACCGCGGUAAGAUUAAUUGUAACCGGGCGAACGGUGUUAAAAUCGUGCGUGCUAAAAUUCGUAUUUGACAUUGAAGGUUAUUUCUAUAUUUUAUGUGAUACUGUUGCCCUGGAGCAUAGCUGCUGUAUUUCUCAUUUCGGUUUUCGUAGUUAUCGUGGAAUCCGUGAAUAUAGCAGCUCGUGCCAGCUUUCAGUUUCGAUUUAGGCGUAUAUUUAUUGCUCGAGGACCUUCCCAAGGCGCCUCCUAUUUGCAUGUCUCAUAAUAUUCAUAUGUAAAUUAUGGCGUACGCCAUAAAUACGGCUUUGGAGAAAUAGCUGUGGCAUUGUGGCGCUCAACAACACAAAAACGCGCGCAUACACAUACGUAUAUACACGCAUACACGGGAAAAUUGUGGUCAAUCGCGCAAAUACAGCUGGAUGGACAGACAGAAAAGACAAUUCUGAUCAAGAACGCUUGUACUGUUGUUUUUGUUUUUGUUGGAUUGCGUUUUAUUUAAAUUGGCAUUUAUUACACUUUUUAAAACAUUUGGUGCGGUUGUUGUCGAACGGAUCGGUUGCGCUGUGCUCAGCAGUUUUCUGUUAUUUUUUACCUUCUUUUAUGCGACGGCUGGCGCGUUUUAUAUUUACUUGCAAUAUUUUUUUGAAAUUAAAAAUAAAAUUAACAACAAUAAAAAAGCGUUGAAUAAACGUGCUGAUAUUUCAUCAGGUAUCACAACAAAUUGUUGCUAAAACCGCAAAAACAUGCAAGGAGUUGGCGAAAGACUAUUUGUAAAAUAAUAAAAUAUAAAAACAGUAAUAAAGUGUAUAAAAAAUAAAAAGCCGAAAGUGAAAUCAAAUAAAAAAAUUAAAUGAAAAAGUUGUUCUAAAGUCUAAAAUUUAAAUUAAAGGUGCAAUUU